CCGCCGCGACGAUGAAUAACCCGUUCACAACCAUGAAACACUUAUAAUAACGUUUAGACUUCCUAUUACUUUGCCCCAGCCGUUCACCAGGUUCGCCUUGGGACCGUUUGCGCCUUCUCCGCUCGGCAUUUCCGCCGCCACCCAACAUGGUUGUUUGCCGCUUCUAUCAGCAAGGAAAUUGCAGAUACGGAGAUCGAUGUCGUGAUGAACAUCCAGGUAGUACGCGGGACAACAAUCGCGCGCAGAGUUCGAAUACGAACCGCUUUGGCGUCUUUGCUGGGGGUGACCGCUAUCGUCCAGCGCAGGCAGGUGCAUUUGGAGCUGGACGCGAUCAGAGGCCCAACCCGGCAAGCAAUUACCACAUCAACAAAGACGAUCUUAAAGCAGAUCUCACAGAUCAACGCCCAGUGUAUCCUCUAUCCGCGUAUGGCCCAGGCCGAGAUGCACCUCGUCAGCUGAUCGAGGGACCAUUCGAGAUUAGCCCAGAGGAGCUACGGUUGCGAUUCUACACGCAACGAGCCGCAGGAAAUGUAGCUGUAGCACAACGAGAAGAGCAAGAACUCGCCGCCGGAAUGGAGAAGCAGGUACAAGGUAUUCUCAAGGAUCUGGACGGUGCAAUUAAGUACGUCGUAGACGGCGCAAAUAUACCAGGUAACAGACUUGAUAUAGCCAAAGGCACUGCAAAGGUUGGUAGUACAUCCUCUGGACCCUCGUCAUCAAGCCCGUUUUCUCAAAUGCCUUCAAAUCCCCUCGGUGGCGCAUUCCAAACUCAAACUUCUGCAUCUGGGAAGCCUGUUGCUCCAGCGUUUGGUCAGGCUGGCUUGAGUCCAUUUGGAAGGCCUAUAGGUCAGACCACAGCAUUCGGUCAGCCUUCAAAUCCAGGCCAGGUACCAUCUCCGUUCGGCCAGACGUCAGCUCUGGGAAGUACAGGAGCAUUUGGUAAACCAUCCAUGCCUGGAGCGAGCGCUUUUGGACAACCAUCCGGUUUAGGCCAAGCUACUGGAUUUGGGCAACCCUCAGCGUUGGGUCAAGGCUCAGCAUUCGGGAAGCCGUCGAUGCCGGGAGCUAUAUCAGCAUUUGGGCAGGCGGGAGGUUUAGGGCAGCAGUCAGCAUUCGGGCAGCCUUCCGCACCAGGGGCAGCAUCAGCCUUUGGCAAACCCUCACUCCCUGGGGCAGGCUCUGCACUCGGUCAGACGAAUGCAUUGGCACAGAACUCCGCAUUCGGCAAACCAGGUUUUGGCCAACCAUCUCAACCUGUCGCUGCACCUUCACCAUUUAGCCAACAGCAACAGCAACAGCAACAGCAACAGCAACAGGCACCGCAACCUUCUCCAUUUAGUCAACAACAGCAGCAAGUGAACAAACCCUCUCCCUUUGGCCAACAAACGCAAACAACCCAACCUUCUGCAUUCACUCAACAGCAGCAAGCCACGUCACAAGCAAGUCCCUUCGUUACCCCCGGAUCCCAACAAGCUCCCCCAUUUGGUCAAUCCGGCUUCGGCAAGCCUUCUCCGUCCCCCUUCGGCCAACCUCAGCAACAGUCGUCUCAACAGAACCCCUCGCCCUUCACCCAAGCAGCCCAAAAUCUAGCUGCACCUUCUCCAUUCGGCCAACCACAAUCAUCGCAACCACCGCAACAAAAUGCAUCGCCCUUCGCUCAACAGGCUGUCCCAGCCCCUAGCUCGGCCAUACCUGUAGGAGAGAAAGAUCAGUUCAAGGAGGGAAGACCGGAGGAGUAUGUGGGUGAGGCCGGAAGGAUCCUGGAGGAGAUUUACCGGCGAGUAGCUCAGACUGGAAGAUUCAGGGAUGAUGAGCCGAUUCCACUAGUGCCACCGAAGUGUGAGUGGAUCAUGCCAGUUGAUGCGCUCUAAAUAUGGUGACUUUCGGGUUUAUGGCAUGGCGUAGCGUGGAAUUGAAUGUUGUAAUAUAGUUCUCAGAAAUGUGGGCUUGAAGUUGAAUAUACGGUAUCUAA